GUCCUCCACUCUCUCAGUCCCGUGCGCGUCCCGUCAAUAGAAACAAGUCCGCUCUCCGGGCUCUCUUACCUCACCACUGGAAGCACCUGAAGCUGACACACACACGCGCGCACACACCUCACGUCCACACGCACUCACAGAAACUCCCCGUCAACACAACACCCCCUGAAUGAACUAAGAACCACGAGGAAUCACUUGGGAAGGAUACAGGGCGAAGACAAGUAGAAGGAAGCCCAUUGUUUGUAGUGCUGGCAUAAGACCAUGUGGAUUCCAGCUGGAGUGUGUCAGUGGUGAAAGUCUUGAACCGGAUCGAAGUGGCCACAGCUGAUUUGGGUGUGUGUGCGUACGUGUUGAACCGUGUCCGUGUGUGUUUACGUGCGUGUGCGUGUUUAUGAGACUGCCUGUACAUGAUGGGAAGGAUGCUAUGAGGAGGAGGACAUGUUAGUGCAGGAGGAUAACAGCGCUGAAGACGAGGGUGACAUGAACACUUCGCGGAGAUGACACGAGCAAGGAGCAAGGUGAACGGGAAGGUGUUGGCCCCGCCCGGCGGCGAGGAGCACUUCACCGGCCCGCUUCACGACAGGGUAUGCAGGGACGUCCUCUUCCUCAUCCUCUUCGUCGCCUUCGUCUUCGGGGCGAUCGGGUACAUCGUCUACACGGGCAUCAAGUCUGACCCCAAGCGCCUCCUGAACGGUCACGAUGCCUACGGGAACGUGUGUGGCCGUAAGAACCAGCAGCUCUUCGCCCUCGCUAAAUCAGGGCAGAACUUCGAGAACAUGCCGUUCUGCAACAUGAAGGGCGCGGCGGAAGUCAUCACGCAGGACCCAACAACGAUCGCGCCAUGCAAAUCCUGCGUUGACCGAUGCCCUACAGACUCCUCCCCGUUGGGUUACUACUGCACCAACCUCAACUUCAACGAGGCGCAGAACAGGACGAACAUCGCGACCAAGGCCAUCUUCGGGACGAGCCUGAGCGAGUUUUUGGAGGCGGUGGGACGCGAUCUUGAGGUGUCCGGGUCCAUCCUCGCCGUCCUUGCUGUGAUUGCCUUCGGCCUCGCCCUCAUCUUCACCCUCUUGCUCAGGUUCCUGGCGCGGGUGGUGGUGUGGCUGACGGUGAUCGUGAUGGUGGUGGGUUCGGUGGCCGGCACGGCGUACCUCUGGGUCAUCUGGAACCUCACCAAUAAGAAUGCUCAGGAGGCAAGGAAGAAUAAUUCAAGCUCAGCCGAUUACUUGGAUCUCUUCGCCCGAAACCUCUUGAUCGGCGCCAUCGUAGCCACCAUCUUCACGGUGUUGAUGCUGGUGCUGCUGAUCGCCAUGCGCAACAGGAUCAAGCUGGUCAUCGCGCUCUUCACGGAGGCGGGCAAGGCGGUGGGGUCCAUGCCACUCCUGCUCUUUCAGCCUGUCUGGACGUGCCUGUGGCUGGGUAUCGUGUGCCUCGUGUGGGUGUCGGCGUGGGCACUUAUCGCCACCGCCGGGGAGCCGAAGAAGGAAGGGGAUGGCGUGGUCUUCAUCCUGUCGCCCUUCAUAAAGCACAUGCGAUGGUACCACCUGUUCGCCCUGCUGUGGGUGACGCAAUUCAUUCUCGCCAGCCAGGACGUCAUCAUCGCAGGCUCCGUGGCCCAGUGGUACUUCACCAGGGACAAGAAGAUGCUCGGCUGGCCCAUCCUGACGGCCACCAAGAGGCUCUACCGCUACCACCUCGGCUCCGUGGCUUUCGGCUCCCUACUUAUCGCCAUUGUCAAGUUUAUUCGGAUCAUCUUCAAGUACUUUGAGAAGCGGUUGCAGGGUACCAACAACGAGUUCUGCACCUUCUGCCUCAAGUGCUGCCAGUGCUGCUUGUGGUGCUUCGAAAAGUUCCUCAAGUUUCUCAGCAGGAACGCCUACAUCGAGAUAGCCAUCUACGGGUACAGCUUCUGCAAGGCGGCGCAAAAGGCCUUCAGUCUGCUUGUGAACAACGCCCUCAGAGUGGCCGCCAUCAACUCCGUCGGCGCCUUCGUCCUCCUCCUCACAAAGCUGGCGAUCGUGGCCGUCACCGUGGCAAUCGGUUACUUCAUUCUCAGGACGAAGCAUGAGCUGACGUACCUGUGGGUGCCGCUGCUGGUGACAGCCGUAUUCUCCUACUUCAUCGCCCACUGCUUCAUCUCCGUGUAUGAGAUGUGCAUCGACACGCUGUUCCUUUGCUUCUGUGAAGAUUGUGAAAGGAACGACGGAAUAGAGCGCCCGUACUUCAUGAACCGCGGCCUGAUGGCAUUCGUGGAGAACAACAGGAAAGCUCUGGAGGCCCUGGACGAGCGGCAGGCGGAGCAGCGGAAGGCCUCGCUAGCCCAGCGGCAGGCCAGCAGUGCUAUCCGUCCCUCCACUACAACGUCUACGAGGCUUGACUCAUCGGGGGGCAUGACACCGCUCAAGCCUGCCUACCCGCCCACCUCCAGGCUGCCCUCCCCCGCCCACUACAUGACUCCCACGGGGGCCUAGGGUAAGGGCAGGAAAACAUCAAUUGCUGUUAAAUGGCUGAAAGGCUAAUGGAAUGCAGAAGACAGUGAAGUUGAAAGAAAGCAACUAUAGAGAACCAAGAAGGUUAGACAAGGCGCCAAUGGAAAAAAUGGGAGGAAGAAUGAGUGGAGUAUGUGAAUGUAAGAAAAAAAAAAGACCUAGCAACAUUCACGUUGAAAUAUUAUUAUGCUGGGAAAAAGGACAACGGAAGUCAUAAACAAAUUACCUGGAAGGGGAGGGGGUGGGAAAGAUAGGUGGUAGUAUUAAGGGAUACUGAAGACAACUAUGCACUGAGGAAGCCUAGCUAAGAGGAAGAAGGAGAGAUCAGGAAUAUUAUAAUGGUCUUUUGGGAAAGUAUGAUUCAAAGGAGAAAUAUGGAGGACACCAAAAUAAGUGCAAUCUCUUCUGCAUCACAUGUAUAACAUAGCUUAAGUAAUUAUAUAGGAAAGAAGCGGCUUGGGCAUUACAUAAUUUAUGAUACAGAAAGGGUUCUGGGUACAAUGAUGUGAUGGUAGAAUUAUAGAGCAUGGAGGAGCGAGCUUAAGAGCACAUUAUAUAACUUUUUCUCAGUGGUACUUAAAUUAAAGAGGGACAAGGUCACAGAAUUGAAAAAAAAAAAGCUGAGAUGCAUCAACUUAUAAAGAAGGUGGGAUAGAGGAAACAGAGAUUAAAGACAUGGACCAACAAGUAUAAUAAAUAUCUAGAAAAAUAUUGGGAAUGGUAAUAAAUAAAAAAAAUACUAAAAUAGCCAGAAUGUGUUUCCAAAAGACUGGAAAGAUGGACAAUCAGAGAAAGCAUAGAAAAAAAAGUGUCUCCUCAUUUUUAGAAAGAUCCCAAUGAAUUGACAAAUAUAAAGGAUGCUUGGUAUUGAAAUUUAGCAUGGUAUAAUGAAAAAUUUUAAAUCUUAAACUUUUGAAAUAUUAAAUAUAAAGCAUUGUUGUGAACUAUCCACUGAAGAUAUUUUAUGUCUCAGUGCUAAUGACACCUCUCAUACAAAAAUGAAUUCAGUUACUACCUUCCACAAUAUGUUUAAAUGUAAUAUUUUACAUUUGCUUUAAUGAUGGAUUCCAGUACCAAUUACUCCUUUUCACUUCAAAUUCUAUACUAAACAGCUCUAUGGAAACCUCAUAGAGCAAUACUUUUUUUUUUUCACUUUCCUCCUUUACUCCAGUUUUAUGUGUGAUAUUUGAAGAAAAAAAACUGUGAUAAAUGUUAUCUACUUAAGCUUGUGUUCAGAGAACAAGAUUUAAUUUUGGGAGGUCACAACCAAGGAUUCUUUUCUUCUCUAGACUCCUUGGUCACUAUAGCUUUGUGAGUUGCCUUGCUGAGCCCGCCACCCUUGAACUAGAGAAAUGAGCAAGACAAAUUAAGCUGGACUUAUACGUUCACAUUGAAGGUUGAAAAUGAAAGACUUUUAGUUAAAUAAAUGAAUCAAGAAGGAUGUACUCCUACAAUAAUGUAACAAUAAUAAGACAGCAGUCAGAAUUCUGUUCUUAAUGUGUUAUGUUAUGAUUAUCAAUCUUAUAGAUUAUAGAAUAUCUGUGAUGUGUUUUUAUUUUAAUAUUGUUAUUCUUGUUUGCAUGAGUAAUUAUUGUUAACUCUGUAUAACAAAAGCUGCAGAUAAUGCAACAUCUUACAAGUGCAGUUCACCUGACAGGCUUGAGAAGCUUAGGUUAAGUACACGUAUUUUCAUCUCCCUGCCUGACCAUCUACUGUCAGUCUGUUUCAAAUGUUUCUACAAUUUUCCCUCAUGUAACUGCAGUCAGCAAAGAAAACCACAUACAUUAGCAUAACUGACUUUUGUUGUGAGUUUAUUUUAAGUUCUGAUUCAGUUAAUGAGUUUAGAUUCCUUUAAGUGCUGAAGUACAAACAUUUUUGCCACUUUGAUCAAGUGUUAGAGUAUGUACACAUUUGAUGGCACUUCACAGGAAGGUGAGGCACGUAUAGCCAACAUGAUCAUGGAUCAUCACCGGAACUGUUCUUGGCAGUAAUGAGUGCUCUGACACAAACUUAUGAAAAAAAAAAAAGCUAGCACCUACUAACUACUAUCAUAAAGACUUGAGUAGAUCAGUGAUAUACAACAGUGUGCAUCAAUGAGUGAAGACAUAUGUUUAGAGGAUGUCCUCAGAAACGAGUGCCUCUAGAAUAUGCAGGCUGUUUCAGUCUGUUAGGUUUUACAAGCACAGGUGUUCCCAUCACCUUGUUACUGUGUGCUCACAGAUACAAACAUGUGCCUUAUUAUAAGACUUACACACUGAACAACUUUUCCUAACAACAAGGUAAGCGUUGGAUUAAGUUGUUCCAAAUAUAAAUGUUGAUUGUAUUUUCUCAAAGUUUGUCACAACAGUUGACAGUCUGUUGGUGAUGUUUUUUUUUUGUUUUUUCAAUGCAAUAUAGAAAUAAAUUGAAAAUUUAAUACAUUUUUACAUGUGAUAAAGUUGCGUAAGAAAAGAAAUAGGUAAGCAACUAUAAAAUUGAAGUAUUAUCCAUGUUAUGUGAUAUUACACUCCUGAUUCCUAGCAUAGCUUUAUAGUCAAUGUACUGCACUGUAGAAAAUAGAUUUUCUUGCAUAAUGUUUUUCUCUUAAGAAUUGAUAUAUGAUUUUGUGCUCCCUAAUAUUGGUGUGUGUGUGUGUGUGUGUGUAAUUCACCUCAUGGUCUGCUGCGGGUCUCUCUCGAAACAGCCAGCCGUUCCCCUACGGAAGCGCACAAAGCUCAUAGUACCGAUCUCAGGGUAGGACUGAGACCACUCACACACAACACACCGCGACAACGAGGUCACAACUCCUUGCCUGACGUCGCGUACCUACUCACUGCUAGGUGAACAGGGUCUACACGUGAAAGAAGAUAAACCCAGCUUAUCUUCAUCCGGCCGGGGAAUCGAACCCCGGUCCUUCUGGUUGUAAGGCAGACGCUCUAUCCACUGAGCUACCGAGCCGUGUGUGUGUGUGUGUGUGUGUGUGUGUGCUAAUUGGUUUCUUUAGUGGUACACAUAACAAACAUGAAAGACAAAUUCCCAUUAAUGUUUUACGUCUGAAAAUAUUUUAUAU